AUGAUAUCUACAAUUCCAUAUAUUCAAUUAGUGAAUGAAGGAGUUUCUGGUUUUGUAGAUAUUCAGGCAUCAGAUAGUAUGGGAAUGUUGAACUUUAUUCCUUUAGAAAUUAUUCCAGAAAACAAACGUAUCAUUUUUUCACAGUUUUUAUUCACACACAAAAUUCCAAAGGUUUUAUAUGAUUUACUCACUGAUCAAGCAAAGAUAAUAAUAAUAGAGUUCAAAAAUUUUUCUAUUUUAGAGCCAAAAAUCGAUAGCUGCGAAUUUGUCUUUUCAAAUGAAGAAGGCAAGUCAUACACACUUAAAUUCAAUAAUCCGUUUUAUAUGGAAACAUUUUUCACAGCAAUUUCAUUUUAUCAUUGUGUUGAACUCCGAAAUGAGACCCAAUAUGAAAUCGGUCCUCAAUUUAAACCAAUUAGGAUACAACCUCGCUCAUCACUGAGGAAUUCUUUAACAAGUUGUGUUCAUGAUCUCUACGCACACCAAUCUUUGUUGGAAUUCCUCCAUUUCCCAAUGGAUCCGAAGAAAAAAGAAUCCAACUUAUUGCCAUUCAAAGAAGAAUGUAUCUUGAAAUUAAUUGAAGAACCAACUGAUAUCGAAACCUUAGAUUUGAUUUCGAAAUCUUAUGUACCAAUCGAAUACUGUUCAAUCAUGCUACUAUUAUUACUCCUCGAUGGCCCUCUAUACGAAGGAGAAAAAAAUACACUUAAUUCGGAGACUUCUCCCAAAAGAGCGCAUAGAUUUUCAUUUAAAGGAUCACAGACAUCCAAAUUACUGGAACAAAUUGAUAUUACAAAACCAUUAAUAAUUGAAUCUCCAUAUCCAAAGAUCUACGCCAUUGAUCAAGUUUCUAUAGGUGGGUCAACGUCUAUAGCCAAUGAUUACGCUGCUUUAAAGCAUCAAUGGUCAACAAUUACGUCAACUCAGUUUAAUCAUAUGAAUUCUCUUCGUAUUUCAUUUAAACUCCUUGAAAAUGCGUUGACGACAUACUACCAGAAAGGGCAUCCAUUGAUACAGUCCGUAUUCAAUAUUUUGGCAUCAUUAUUUAUUAUGAAAGAUGAAUUCGAGACAUUUAAUUCAGAAUUAUACUCAAUAGCCAUAGAUUGUGCUGAAUUAUUCCAUGCCAUCAACCAAACACUAGAUUUGGGCUUCUGUUCCUGUGAACAUAUUAUUUUCUGGAUUUUCUUCGCAUUGAUAACUAAAACAGGUAUUGUAGAUAUGCUUGAAGAUAAAUCCACAGAAACUGUCCUCAAAACAACUCUCCAUAUCUUAAUAACUUAUCAUCCUUUGUUACAUACAUUAAUUGAUAAGGCAGGACUUCAGAAUUUCAGAUUCCCUGUUACAGUGAUCACAUCUCUCUACACUAAAGUGCUUCCUCCUGAGAAAUUAUACCCAAUUUGGAUUGCAGCUUUAGCUUUUGGAGAUCCGAUGGAAUUCUUCCAACAUCUGAUGGCUACUGCAUUGAUCAUGCUCUAUCCCAACAUUGUUGAUGCUCCAAACUUUAUAGAAACAACAGAAAAAGAAUUGAAGAAAUUCUUCGACGAAUCUCCUUCAGAUUUCUUAAUUUCCAAUACGCUCAAGCUUCUUGAAGCUAUGAGAAGGAACUAA